AUGGGUCUUUGGGAUCGGGUCCAGGAAUUGCUCCAGGGCAAUCGCCCAAAGGUGAAAGAGACAUUCUCUCUCCCAGAUAAGGAUUUUGAAGCCAACAAGGGUAAUGAAAUAGUUGAGGAAGAACACCAAGAUGAGCGCUACUUGUCAACGAUACCGGGAGCCUUCCCUACAUCUCGUCCAUCCUCUCCGCAAAUCGUGCCCAGUGAACGCGUGGAGCGCCAUGAUGUUCCAACGCAGGAGUUCAACAACCGCAGGGAUACCACUGUCCUCCCAAUACCUAGCCUUCACACAGACCUCGCCCCUCAUCUUCAUCCCUUAGUAUCGCGAAGUCAAACGCCAGCGUUUGUUCAAACGACCCCUUCCACGCCCGUGAGACCACCAAGUCAGAGGACUUACCAGGAAUUCAAAGAUUUUGACGACCCGUGGGCUGAGCGAUACAAAAUAUAUGAAAGGUUUCCAUUUGGUCGACCUGUUUCGGCAGUACAAUUGGUAUCUCCUCAGUCGAAGCCUCUUCCGGCCGAUCGUAUAGAUUCCAUCUACCGAAAAGAAUGGGAACGACAGCAGAAGGCCAAAUUGGCUCUAGAAGGCGAACAAGGACGACCAGUAAGGAUCAGACCACAGGGCAAAUGCGUUCGCCUGUUGUCAUCGGAUUGGUCGAACAGAGUUUCGAAAGCUAUGUAUUCCUCUGGUGCGGUGGCCCAGUCUCCCAACGGAGACGCAUUAUAUCAAAAGGACGUUAUCACUUGCAUCAAGCCAUUUGCUUGGCUGAACGACGAGAUAAUCAAUGCAUAUCUUGAGGUUGUCGUCCGAUAUCUUGAAAAAUCCACUGAAAAGGGCAAGGGACCUCGGUAUCACGCUUUUAGCAGCUUCUUUUACUCCACUCUUCGGCAAAAAGGUUAUGAUGGCGUGCGGCGGUGGGCAAAACGAGCCAAGAUUGGUGGUGAAAGGUUGCUAGAGGUUGAUAUGGUCUUUGUUCCCGUACAUGAGUCCGCACAUUGGACAUUAAUGGUUGUUCGGCCCGCCGAUCGAACAAUCGAGUACUUCGACUCAUUGUCCGAUCACGGGAUCUCAUCUAAAGUGAAUACGAUCAAAAAGUGGCUAUCUGGGGAGCUGGGAGCCAACUUUGUGGAUGAUGAAUGGUCAGUCCUUUCAUCGGUCUCAUCUCAACAGAACAACGGCAGCGACUGCGGUGUGUUCUUGUUGACAAACGCAAAAGCGAUUGCAUUGAAUAUCGAGCCAACUGCCUUUGGGGCUAAUGAUACAACCUUGCUGCGUCAAAAGAUUGUCGCUGAAAUCAUGAAUGGCGGCCUUCAUGGAGAUUUCAGCCCAAUUGAUUCAACGGGUACUAUCUUGCUUUGA